AAAUAAAUGAUAAGUAUGUGUAAUUGUGUAAGUAACUAAGUAUGUAAAUGAUGUACCUUUCAAAAUUGUGAAAAUCAAAAAAAAAAAAAAAAAAAAAAACAUUGACGAAAUUAAGACUCCAGGAUUUCACAAUGCCUGGUCUAUUUCAUCGCGUAUCAGUUCUCUGGAAAAACGAAGGCAUUUUACACUACGAAGGCUAAAUUUAUACUUAUCAAAAUCAGAAUCAAAACAGAAGGUACAAAAUUGCGCUAAUCAUAUUUCAAUUCAAAAGUUCAAUUUUGCAUUCUCCUUUUCAUGGUUUUGUUUUCCAAGUUCACAAAACUUAAUUUAAGAACUAAGAAGAUUUGAGGAGGAUUGAAAAAAGUGUUGACCUGUCUCGGUGUAGAUAAUCACAUUCAAGAUGACAAAUAUCUAUAUGAAACGCAUGAACAUGCUUCGCCGCAGGAAACCUUUACUUCGACAACCUCAGGAAGUAAAGGUAGAUUAUGAAAUAAUGAUAUCAACAAAGCCGAAAAGAAAAUUCACCUGUGAUAGAAACACACACGAUGUGAGGAUCAUAUUUUCUAAAGAUAACAACAAAGUACAGAAUUAUAUAAAAAGCAUAGCGAUCAUGUUGAAUCCACUAUCAGCUGAUGAAGAAGAACAUGUUUAUGAAGAACCUCCAUAUGAAUUAAAAACAAGUGUGAUGGAUGCAUUCAGCGUCCAGAUUAAUGUAUACUGGCAAAACGAAGGGGAUCUCGGCUUCGUAAGUUAUCAUCGAGACAUCACACUUGAAGGUGCCCCAAGUGUGAUUAUACAGAAAGAGAGUUACACAUUCGAGCGACCAUCGACAGAAUUUAAACAGAAACUUAUCAAAGGCGGAGGAGUACUGAUAAAUAAAAGAAAUGCUAGAGCGCUGUCAAAAAAAGCUGAAGCUAAAAGAAUUGAUAGUGAAAUCAAAAGAGAACUGGAAUUGCGCAAACGUCUGCUGUUAGAAAAUGCUGAGCUUAAAAGAAUUUCUAGGGAACUGAAAAGAGAACUGGCAUUGCGCAAAAGUCUGGGUUACUUGGUUGGAAAAUGCUGAGCUUACCACAAAACUAAGCAACAAAUUAAAACUGAAAUGUCACAAAAUUUGCCAAACAUUCAGGCAAUUACAAGAGAUGAUUGGUUGCUUCAAUAAGGCGAUCAACACAAGCAAUUUGUUUGGAUAUGCAUAUGGCUAUUAGCCAAACAACCUUCAUAUUUGUCAACCAGUUGAGCAUGAUUAAAUACUCGUACAACAAAAUUAUGAUCUGAUCUGUCUAAUGAGUGAUGAACUGAUGACAAAUAGACGAUAACUUAAGUACCACAUAUUUAAACUCCAAUUCAUGAAAAUUCAAUGGUUAAAUUUUUUGGUUCACGGUUCCAUUCGAUAAAGAAAACGAAUCCAGGAAUAGAAUUUUCAACCGUUGGCUUCUCUCGCUCAGGCAUAGUGAACCCAAGUAUUCCAAAAAUCUAAAAAAAAAUAAUAAUUUGUAUCAGAAAUUUGUAAAGAAUAAUGACAAUACAUAAUAUUUUCAUUCAAAAA